AUGACCAGCAAGCGUGCAGGUGCCAUCUUUGUCAACCACGGCGCGGGUCCGUUGCCACUGCUCCGGCCUGUCUCGGACCCGGACCACGGAUCGACGCGCCGCUUCAUGGAGGUCGACACGCCAAAGCUCUUGGGGCUCGAGGAUGCGGCGACGCGGCCCCGCGCUAUCGUCGUCGUCUCGGCGCACUGGCAAGACGACCGCAUCCAGAUCUCGUCUGGCGCGUCCCACGACCUUCUCUACGACUACUACAACUUCCCGGACGAAGCGUACAAGGUCACGUACAAGGCCCCGGGGUCGCCUGAGAUUGCGCAAAAGAUCCACGCACUCCUAGCGCAGGCCAGUAUUCCAUCCAACUUGGACCCGACGCGAGGCUGGGACCACGGCACGUUUGUGCCGAUGAAGCUCAUUCGCCCGCAAGAAGACAUCCCGAUCGUCCAAGUGAGCGUCGUCGCGGGCUGGGAUCCCGUGUUGCACUUCAAGAUCGGCCAAGUGCUCUCGGUGCUUCGGAACGAGAACAUUGCGAUCAUCGGCUCGGGCAUGUCGUUCCACCCCAACUGGGGUACGCCCGUGACGCCCGAGACGGAAGACCAUGCGCGCGCCUUUGUCCGCGAACUCACGUCUGUGGUGCUGCAGCCAUCGAUUGUAGCUCGCGGCGACGCCUUGGCCAAGUGGGAGGCGCUGCCCUUUGCGCGCGAGUGCCACCAGAAAGACGAGCACCUGAUUCCGCUUAUGGUCGUCGCGGGCGCGGGCGGUGAAGGGUCGGCACAGGCGUUUGACGUGCACAAGGGCAUGUACGAGGCGUUUGUGUGGACGACGUGAAGAAGUAAUCUUCUUGAAUGUCAACCUUGUAUAACUUUGAAACGUUCGAUUUCGUGGCAAGUUUG